AUGAUAAGCAUUCAAACUGCCCAUAGCAGUAACCAAGUAAAUUUCUUAGUAAAAGGAAAAUUUAUAAAAAAUAAUGAGAACUAUUUUCUUCUAGCAGCGAAGAACUGCUAUUUGGAAUUGAUGAGCUGCGAUUAUAAAGAAACAUUAUAUGUACAAAAUACAUUUUUGAAAAUAAUCUUUUUGCAAACACUUGAGGGAAAAUAUCAAGACCGCUUUAUCAUUGGUGAUGAGAAAUUAAAUUUUCGAAUUUUAGUAUUCGAUGGUAGUUUUAUUGAAUAUAAUUUUAUCGGAAAUUUGUUCUGCCCAAAGUUAAGAGUGUAUAUGAAAUAUUAUAAAUAUGGAAAGGACGAAAAUGAAAACAAUAAUGUAGAUGAAACUGAGGAUAAAGAUGAGGAUAAAAAUAUAGAUAAAGAUUUAGAUAAAGAUACAGAUAAAGAUUUAGAUAAAGAUAUAGAUAAAGGUGUAGAUAAAGGUGUAAAUGAAAAAAAGAACAAAAUAGAAGAGCAGUACUCGAAAUACAUUAACGUGUGUAACGUAGACAAAUUAUUUUUAAUAUCCAUUGAGAACAUUCUAUUUUUUAGAAAAAUUGAAAACAACUUGAUCAAUAAAAAUUUAGAAGAUUACUGUUUAAAUUAUGAGUUCGGUAAAAAGUGUAUUUCGAAUGGAGCAAAUUUAAAAAUUUUACAUGACCCCAUGAAAUUUAAAUAUAGUAUGAUAUACAAAAAUGCAAAGGGGAAAAAACAAACAAAACAUAUGCGUUCCUCUUUUAAGGAGGAUUACAUUUAUUAUAUAUACAAAGUUAAAUGGAAGAAAAAUUUAUAUCACCCUAUUGAUCAUAAGGACAGGUUAAAUAAAAAUAAUUUUUUAAUAAAUAAAAAUAAAUAUUUUAUCAAACUGAAGAGAGAAAUUGUAGAAACGAAAAGGUGGAAAGAACCUUUGUCCCAUUUGAAGUUUGCACAAAAUAUAACAAGUAUAAACUAUUUGUCCUUUAAGGAGGAGGAGUACUAUGCAUGCUCUAAAAAAAAAAAUCAAGUUAGUAAGCAACCAUUUAGGGGGAGCAAUCGCCAAAGUCAAUGGUCCAGCAGUAGUAAAUGUUCUGCAAGCACAAAUGUAAUCCCUAGACAUAUAAAAAAUUUUCCAUCCUCAGGAAAUAAGCAAAACUGCAAUUAUUAUUACAACGAGUUUGAUAAUUGCAUAAAUUUAAAAAUUUGUUUUUUUGUGUACUUCUUAAAAAAUAAAUGUAACUACAAUAAUUUUAUUCAUAAUAUUUUAUUCCUUUCUAAAAAGGAAGAGAAGGAAAUAGAUAACUUGAAGGACAACCUACUGCGAGCGACUAUUUUGAAGGAAAAUGACUUACAUAUUUUAAAAAAAUGCAGAAAAAUUUUUUUCGUGAAUGUACAAAGUAUGAACAAAGGAAGACAUCAAGUCAACCACAAAUUAUACGUGAAUAUGUUCAAGAGUCAGCAUAAAAAUUUGUACAAAAAAAAGGAAAAAGAAGCACAUUACUUUGAUACAUGUGUAGUGUGCAGUUAUUACUUUAAUAAGUUAUCGUUUUUUAAAAAUGAUUUUAUCUAUAAAAACGUUUUUGAAAAAAAUUUUAUAUUUGAUAAAAAUUUUACCAUAUGUGGUGAAGAGGAAGUAAACAUAAAUUUAUCUCUCUUAUUUCAAAUUAUGAUUAGGAUGAAACUGUUGUUGUUCUACAUUACUCUAUUUUUCUACUCAAGCACCAGUUCCAUAAACAAUCCAUUCGUCAUUAUUUUAAAAAAAGAAAAAACAAAACCUCAAGUGUUGUACGAAUUGUCAAUUCAUUUGUACCUCCUGAACGUAUUUGCUGCCCAUAUUCUGAAUUUCCUCCUUGGAGAUAGAUGCCAUGGUGGUCUAUCCCCUGUCAGUAUAUGCUGUGUCGAUUUAUUCCAUGAUGGCCAGUCGCUAGACCACGCACGGGGAGAUAACUUGAAAGAAACACUGCUGAACACUGGUGCGAGUAUGUAUAAAGAGGCGCGCACCUUGGUGUGCGGUGGAGAUCCACUUAAUAAUGUAAAUAAAAGCGAACUCAGCAAUACAAAGCACCAUGAGCAGGGGAGAACAAACGAUAAACAAUUGCAUGUGAUAUACGAUAAGUUGUUUCAUCUGAAUAAGAAGCUGUUUGUCGGAAGGGACUGUCCAUCAGAGGGCCAAGCAAAUGAUCAGAUAUAUAUAAACAAAUUGGAAGGGGAAAGAAGAUGCACAUUUUUAAAGCAUGAUAAGAAUGAAGCAAAUGAAUUGCCAUGCAGUUGUACAUUAACUAAAGAAGGGACUAAAUGUAAUAUGUCGUCAUCAUAUUAUCACAUACGGUUGAAAGGUAUAAUAAAGAAAAUAAAAAACUUGCAAUUUAUAUCAUUAAAAUUAUUAGGAAAGAUGAAAUUUGAUUAUUUGAAAAUUCGUGAAAAAGUAAUUUUGCGCCUAAAAGAAAGGCAAAGAGUAGGAAAAGGAAACAGAGGCACCAAUCGGGGUAAUAAUGGAGUAUUUUUAAUAACAUCCAACAAUAACGAUAGAGCAAAUGUGACUUUUUUUAAAAGGGGUAAGAUGACCAACAGGGGGAGAAGGUGCAAAGAGAAGAGAAGAAAGAAAAGGAAAAAAAGAGAGUAUUUGAAAGGGCAGAUGAAAGGGCAGAUGAAAGGACAGAUGAAAGGGGAGUUGAAGAGCGAAAAGUUUACUCUAAAGGGUUUUUUAAAACCCGUAGCGAGAUUAACCCUUCCCUGUGAAGUGCACCGAGUGGAAACUGUUUUAAAUAAUUUAUUUCUUCUGUUUACAAAAAGAGUUAUAUACCUAUUUAGCUUUUCCAAAAUAUACGGCAUUAACUUAUCCUUAGUGAAUUACCAUCUUUACCACUUGGACGAUGCACAUUAUGUAAGAAAUAUAAAAUUCGUUACAGUUGUAAAGAAGGAUGAUGGUACCUACAAAGAAAUUGAGAAAACAAUUUUAUUUUCUGAUUAUUUUAGUUAUACAGUUAAUUUAAAUUAUUUUAAUAAUUUUACAACGCACAAAUGGGAUAAUUUUUACGUUAAACAAAAGGAGAGAAAUAUUUAUUUUCGCUUUAAUAAGAAUUAUAUAAAUUCGUAUGAACAUUUUAAACUGUUACGUGGUAUCUCAUACAUUGAUAGUUUUUAUACAUACGCUUUUAAGUAUCAUUGUGAAUAUAAAAUAUUUGAAAAAGUGUAUAAACGUAAUACUAUAAAGUCGGAUUGCCCUAAUUUUGGCAGUAAAGGCUUUAUCUCUCAUCAUUUGAAAAAUAGUACCACUUGUACUACUAGUUCUUAUACUACUUUAGAUAAUUCCACUAGUGUUAGUAGUGACAUUUCGGGUGUAUGGGAUUCUCAUCAGUGUAGGAAUAAAGAAAAAAUGCACUAUCAUUUGUCAAGUGUAGAAAAUCCCCCUCUGUCUAUCCAAAUUAGUAAAAAGAUUUUCAACGAAAUAUAUAAUAAAAAAAAAAAAAAAAAAAAUGGUAUAUUCAUGAACGGCUCCACAAAACUGAACAGUGCUAAGAAAAAAAAAGAACACAAAAAUGUCACAUCGGUAGUGCCUGCUCACACUGACAAUGUCAUUUACACUGACAUGUAUAAAGACACCCAUAAUGACAUCCACAGUGACACCCACAAUGAUAACCAUGAUGACACCCACAGUGACACCCACAGUGACACCCACAGUGACACCCACAGUGACAUGUAUAAAGACAACCCCAGUGAUAGUGACAAUCAUAAGCGCACGAACAGAGUCAGCUACCCUCACAGCAGAGAAAAAAAGGAGGAGACCCCUUUUAACUAUUUAAAUAAUGAAAAUAUAUGGUCAGAAAAAGACAGUAUUAAAAAGGAAGAAGCAAAUGACAAUUUCUUCAUAAUACAAGGGAAGUACAUAGAUACUUUAUUAAGUAUAAUUGUCAUUCCAUUGGAUGGUAUGAAAAAUAAUGGGCGUGUGUCGAUAAGCACAUUUUUUAGUAAACGGUUUUUGGUUGUUGACAUAAAUAAAAGAAAAAUGUACUUAAUUAUACUACUGUAUGAUUUGUUCAACAACAGAAUGGUGAUAUACAGAAAUGAGUUUGAAGCAUGGGAUGUGAAUAGUUGUGAAGGUAAAUGUUUUGGAAAAUUGAUCGAGCAUUCUACCAUUAUAAGAUGCAUAAGUCAUGAUAACAUAGCAGAAGGUGGAAAUAUAAAUAUGUUGUCAUCGCUUAUGGGGAAAACUCUUCUAAGGGAAAGAAGCAGAAAUUGUAUGUGGAGUGAUGAUGCGCAUAAUAAUGAUGCGCAUAAUAAUGAUGCACAUAAUAAUGAUGCACAUAAUAAUGAUGCACAUAAUAAUGAUGCACAUAAUAAUGAUGCACAUAAUAAUGAUGCACAUAAUAAUGAUGCACAUAAUAAUGAUGCACAUAAUAGUAGCCAGUAUGAAGUCGAGAAGAAUAUGCACUUCGUUUUAGUAUUGAACAAGAAGUACAAAGAUAAACUUUUCCUAAUAAGAACGGACGUUAUUAUGCAAAAUAAGAAGAGUGCCUACUACGUUACAAGUUCUAGAAAAUUGCACUUCGUUUAUAGGAAGCUGAAGACAGUUAAGGAUUAUAAAUAUAAAACUAAGAUAAUAAAUAAUGCGCCGUUAAGUAGCCCGUUACGUAACUCGUUAAGUAAUUCGCCAAGUAAUUCUGUAUAUAAUUUUUUAGGUACUCCAUUAGAUACUACAUUGCACAUUUUUCCUAACGGCUAUGAAAGUAACACCUUUUAUGAACUGCAGAAAUUUCAAAACUGUUACAAUGGUAAGAACGCCUUAGAUCAGGUGAGGGAAGACGACGAGAAUAUAUUCGACAUAAAAAAAGUAAAGAAUAGACUAUCAGACAAACUAAUUAUUCUUGAUAAAAACAAUUGCAUGCACAAGAUUACAGCAGGCUAUAACUUAGUGUUAGGUAAAAGAAGAAACAUCCAUUUUAACUUAACUUACAGUAAAUUCUUUUUUAUUACAUAUAGUAAGCAGUUCAACAUCCUCUGCAUAUCCAACUAUAUUAAGACUAUCUAUAUUUUUAUCUUAUGUGAUGAUAUAUUUACCAGUUUUGAAAAUUCGUCUUCUAUUCUAAAUUCGUUGAAGAAGGGAAAGGCGAAAGAGGUAUUCACUAGGCAGAGGGAGGAUAAUAAAAAAUAUAACAAACAAAACUGCACUGGAAUAAGAAGUGAACAUGUCGGAAGGGGAGAAAACACGGAUGACAAAGGUAUAACGAAAAAAAUAAAUACCCCAUUCAAAAAUGCAGAGGAAAAAAUGUCGAAGCAGACGUUUAACGUAGAUGAUAAGAAAAAGAAGUGGGAAAAUGUAUAUAAAGGUACACGAAAUAAUAAAAUGAUGUUUUAUAUAGCAGAUGACAAAGGAGUGAACGCAUUAAAUUUUAUUAACUCGAACGUUUUGUUAGUAAAAAGUAUUAGUAAAAAUGAAAACAUAUUAUAUGUAUUAUUUUUGAGUAAAAUUCAUAUAUUUGUAAACAAGUAUGAUGUGAAAGGAACUGCUUCAAACCCAAUACAACUUGUUGAUUACUUCGAGCUGAAACUUACCAAUACUGUUAUGUAUUACCAUUUUGAAAAAAAUAUUCUCUGCAUAUCAUACACAAAUCAUCUGGUUGAAUUGUUUUAUAUAGAUAUAGUUAAAAACGCAUUUGUAAUAGUAGAUUCAUUUUAUGUAUAUCAAACCAUUUACUCUUUAUACUUUUGUACGAACAUUUUUAAGAAAAAGUCGUUAAAUACAGACUUUAAAGAGAACAACUAUAUAUUGCUUUGCAUUGGCAUGAAGAGAUACUCUAAGCUUCUUGUAUAUUACGUUCACUUGGAUGGCUUUCAUUAUGUGUGUCCGUCGUCCGUCAAGCGGAGGGGGGAUCGUGUGCGUCAAGUUACGAAUUAUGGCUACGAGAAUGAUAACCUAGGUAGAAGUGAAAGAAGGGAUGGCAGCGUUAACGUCAGUUGCUUAGCCGGGGUGAGUGUUAGCACCUGCGACUCACGCCCUAACCACGAGAAUCGCACUGUUAAAUGGUUUAAACUUUUCAAAAAGAGCGAUAAUUCUUUUUCCUUAAAGCAUAACAAAGAAAAAUUAAUAGCGAAUGUGUACACAUACGAAAUAGACACUUUAAAUAACAAUACUAUUGUAACGGGCUUUUUUAAGUUAAAUAAUUUUCUCUUGGUAGGAAACAACAACGGAGUAGUAAAGGUGUAUGAUAUAUUUAGCGAACAGUAUACCCCUCCAAAUGAUUUAUACUUGAAUCAUUUUAUUUUGUAUAAAACUCAGACAAAAAUAAUAAAAGAAUACGACGAAUUUCUAUUAGGAAAUAAUUGUGUUUAUUUUAUAAGCUCAUUAAAAAUACAUGAGGAAAAAGUUAAGGAACAAAAUUUUAUAUUUAAAAAAAAUUGUUAUGCCGUAGCUUAUUGUGAAAAUAAUUUAUAUAUCUUUAUCUCCUACAAAGUUAAGAAGCAACCAGUUGAUAAUACUCAUAGUAUGGAUAAACCAUAUAAUUAUUUAAAUGAAAUGAAAAAGAGGAUGAAUACCUACCUAAUGAAUCUUAUCAAUUUAGAUGAAUAUACUGUUAAUACCUUUUUAAGUGAAAAAAAAAUAGGAGAAGAAAAAAUUAAGGGCAAAAAUAUUUUUCUUCUACCCUUGACAAUUUUUAAGGCGGAAAAUGACUUAGAAAAAAGGCGCAUAAGUUAUAAGGCGGGUAGCUCUGUAAGUAGCGGUGUAAGUAGCGGUGUAAGUAGCGGUGUAAGUAGCGGUGUAUGUAGCGGUGUAUGUAGCGGUGUAAGUAGCGGUGUAAGUAGCGGUGUAAGUAGCGGUGUAAGUAGCGGCUAUAAAGGUGUAAUUGUGAAUGACAGAGAUGUAAAUGUGGGUAGCAAAGCUGUAAAUGACGGUAAUAAGGGCCACAAGAUAGGGAUCAAAAAGGAAAAAGGACCAUGCACAAGCUCCAACACGCCAAGCGCACCAUGUCCAAAUAAUUUGUAUCUAUCUAGUGGAAGUAAUUACUCAAAGGUCGAGCGCGCUUGUUCCAAAGGGAAAGGAAUAAAAGAUAAUGUACAUAGUGAGAACAGAUACCAUAAAGCUAAUGUUGAAAAAAAAAAGGUUCAUUGUAAUAAAGAAAAAUUAAAUUAUAAUGCUCAUUCGUUGUAUAAUGGGUUAAAUAUACAUUCCUUCAACAAUAAAAUGAUAAAGAUAAAAGAUAGCAUUAACGCGAAUAACAUAGUGCUAAUCAAAAAUAAUAACAAAAGAAAUUUUAUUUUCUUAAUUAUCAUAUCUAUUAAUGAUAAGAUGUACUUUGCAUUAAUUCAAAAGAGCAUUCUAUCUUGUCAAGAAAUAAAUACUUUCAGUAAUAUCAAUGUAGAGAAGUUUACACAGAUUACCCUUCCACAUCCAUUUAAUUUUUACCUAAAAAAUUCCCUAAUAUACAGUCCCCUCACUGGUGAAAAUAUGCAAGAUGGUCUAAGCAGUCAUGAAAAAAGGAAAGAAAAAAAAGAGGCAGAAAAAGAGACAGAAAAAGAGGCAGAAAAAGAGGCAGAAAAAGAAGAAGAAAAAGAAGAAAAAAUAGAGGAAGAAUUAGAGGAAGAAAUAGAGGAAGAAUUAGAGGAAGAAAUAGAGGUAGAAAAAGAAAAAAUAGAGGAAGAAUUAGAGGAAGAAAAAGCACAAACAAUCAAAAGAGAGUACGUGUUUAGGAAUAUGACUAGAGAAGAAGAUACGGAAGAGAGAAGAGGAAUCGGUACGUACUGCAAUAACAAAAAUGUGUAUUUUAAAUUUGGAAGGAGAAUUAUAAACAUGAACGAGAACAACCAUUUAACGAAUAUGCUAGAGAUGCAUUUUGAUAGGAGCUACAUGUUAAAUGAACUUUUUCAGAUAAAUAAGUAUGCAGAUAAGAAAGAAAUAAUUACAGCCAUAGAAGAAAAUAUUAAAGAAAGUGAGAAAAAAAUGAGUAUAUAUCAUGUGGUUAAAAAAUUUAGUACUAAUAUAAAUGAAAUAGAUGAAGAUAUAUAUGAUAAGAAUAAGUCUACAUAUAUUUAUAACCAGUUGUUCUUAAAAGAUGAAAACAUUUUUGCAAAAAAUAAGAAUAUUUUUUAUCUUAUUCGUAAUAAAUACAAAAACAUUAGUAACCCUUUGUAUGCAUUUAUUUUUUAUAGUAUUAUUAAUAAGAAACUACACCUAAGUGCUUUCUUUGAAAACCCCUUAAUUAGCAACAACGUUAGCAUUCAAAAUUGUUUGCAGAGCGAAGAUUAUAUCUAUAAAAUGAAUGAAAGAGUAGAUGCACAGGCAAAUAAUAGAAUCGAUAAACAAUUGUACAAAGGAGAGAACCACUUUUGUAAUAUAUUUAAGACCUUAUUAGGCAAACAUGCAAACAAUGCAACUAUUCAUCGUCUCUUUUUCAAUAGCGAAGAUGCACAACUUAAGCAAGGAAAUGGCACUAAACCAGUAGAAAACAUUGACAUAAAAACUAGGAUGGAAAUAUGCAAUAAUAACAAAAAUAAGACGAAAAAGAAUAAAAAAGGAGCUGUAGAUAAUAAUUGCUGUACAAAGAAGCAGCGAAAGUUAAGAGAAUAUAAUGAUGGGGACGAGCAUGCCAGCGGAUACGCGGAUGUUACGACUGUUGAUGCUGCUAGUACCGAUGACGCAGCCAAACAUGGUUAUGUAUUGGCGGCAAAUAGUGCUGAGGAAGACAGGUGUGUUUGUGAUAAUGAAAAUAGAGAUAUGCGUGCAAAAAAAUUAGAGGGGAAGAAAGAGAAGGAUUGCUCUUCUUUGUCCAAGGUAGACACAAUAAAUGAAGAAAAAUCGCAAGCAAAUAGUAGCACACUUGGUAGUUCUUUUAAUAAUAUAGACGUGGGGGAGAAACAAAAAAAGGUUAUUAAAGAGAUGGACAUGAUAUAUGUAAAUGAUAGAGAUGGAAGGGUAUAUCAGAAUGGUUGGACUACCAGUGGGUCGGAUGGGUUUAUCACCAACGGGUUGGGACACACGUCUGAUUAUUACCUGAGUUUUUUAAUUAUACAUUUGAGGGGCAGCAAGUACCACUUUAGUAGCAUAACUGAAUAUAACAGAAUAGCAAAUCAUAAAAGAGCAAUAUUAGCAGAACCAUUAAAAAAAAAAAUCUACCUUGAAAGGUAUGAUAAAGAAGCCAAUGUUAAGUCCUUUUAUUCAAAUCUAGGAAAUGCUAAGAAAAUAUGCAAAGAGCAUAUAAAGAUUAGGAAAAGAAGAAUUGAUAAAAACAAUUCUUACUAUAGAAUGAGGCAGCAAAAAUAUAAAAACUACAAUAAUGUAUUAGGUUUAAGAUGUACAUUAUACAGUUUGAAAAAGACUAAAAAUAAUGUGUACAAACCUACUUGUAAAUGGUUAGAUGCAGCAUUAUCUGAUGUGGCUAUACAUAAAGAAGUGCAAAAUGACAAAGAGAAAACGAACAAAAAGAAAUAUAAGAAUACGAAAUCAACAUACGACUGCCUAUUUAUAUAUAUUAAUAAUAUAAAUUACCGUAUGAAGGAGAUUACGAUUUGCAGGUUAAAAGAGAAAAUUAACAAAAAGUUAAAUUUUAAAAAAAAUGAAAUAUUUUUCAUAGUGCAGCUAUCUUACAAUUAUGUAUUUUUAAUAAAUUUUAAGAAAAAUAUUUCUUUCUGGGUUAACUUGAAGCAUAUACAUAGAACUUUAUUCAUCUUGAGAGUAGUAGUAAAAAAAAAUGAAGCAAACACACUUGAUAAUAAAGCGAACGAACAGAAGGAUACUCUAGUAUUUAAGAAGGUAAAACUAGAAGACAUUUUAAAUUUAUUUUUUGAAAAUAAUGACUCAUUACCUCUUAUCUACUUAAACACAGAUAUGAAAAAUAUUAAAACUUUUAUGGAUAAAUAUAUUAUCUAUACGAAGAAUAAUCAUAUUGUCCUUCUCAAAAUUAGUCUCUCAAGGAGUAAUAGAAAAAUAGUGAACCAUAGGAAUAGUAUAGUGGAAAGGAUUAUACAGGACUGCGCCUUUGACGAAAAGGGGGCCUGCUACUACGUGUCUGCUAAUAGGAGCGGCAGUUCAAGUGGAAACCAGGCAGUUGAUCAAACAGACUGUUUGACAGGCAAUUCAACAGCCGAUCCGACAGCCGAUUGUGCCUCUAACCCAACUGCUAUCCGAACAUUAAAAUUUUCAGAUUUAUUCAAAGCAAUAGUAAGGAAACAACCUAUCGUCAAAAAAGGAGACGAGGGGAAAGAUAUAAAUGAGAAAGAAUAUUUGGAAAAUUUAAUGAAGGGAAAAGUAGGUGUACAUAGAAGGAAUAGUAGCAGUGGUCGUAAUAGUGCACAACGGAGUAGCAAUAAUGAAGGGAAUAAUGAUAGUACAAACUCUUCUAAUCCUAGUUUAAAUUCCUCUUCAAGCCAAAUGUAUACUGUAAGUAGUUCCACGAACAAGAAUGUGAAUAAAAAAAAAAAAGAGAAAUUAGAUAUGGGUUCAUUAAAAUUGUCCAACUAUAUAUUUGAGAAUUCUUUUAGUCGUAAUGAAAAGGAUUUUUUUUAUAGUCUCAAAUAUGUAGUAACGGAAUAUUGUAAGUAUAAGGAAAUUAUCGAAGAUAUAAACGAUUUAAACGUUUUUCAGAACAAAUUAGUAAUUACGACAAAUAAUUAUAUACAUUUGUAUGAAUACAAUGAGAGUAAUAAUUGUUUUUUUUUAUUAUGUACAAACGUUUUUUAUAACAUUAAUAGUAUAAGUAUAAAUGAAAAAUAUAGAAAAUCUUUAAUCAUUUGUAGUGUCUUUGAUAGUGUAAAUGUAAUAUCCAAGAAGUUUCUUUCAGUGUACCAUAUAUUAUGGAAGCAUGUAGUAGGAAAUAUUGGCAUUUUAAAAUUUAGGAAUGAUAUACAUUUUGUAUUUCAAAAUGAACUAUUUAGUAACAUAUUAGGGUUUAAUUUGAAUAUAAAUAAAAAUGAAAAUAUCAUUGAGAGUUUAAGAAAAUAUCAAAAAUUCUUUGUAAAUUUGUAUAUUGUUGAUAAAAAGUACAAUAUAUUUAAUAUAUACAGUAUGGUAUUAAAAGAUAAUAAGGAAAAUUAUUUUUAUGAUGAUAAUAGACAUAUUGAAAUUUGUCAUGAUCUCAUGUUAUUUUUUCAAAUACUCAUUAAUGGAAAAAAAAAUAAUGAAGAAUAUAAUUUAUUAAAUAAAACUUUUUUAGUUAAAAAUAAAUACAGAAAAAAUGGUAAAAAAUUAAAACAAUUUCAAAGGAAUUAUUUUUAUAAAAAAUAUUUUAUGAAAAAAAAAUAUAAAAUAUUUUUAACCAUUUUCUUGCAUAGAGUAUAUAUAUAUAUGAAUAAACGAAUUUUAUUUUUAAAAAACGCUUUUAACAAACCAUAUACAGAUGAAUUUUUAUUUGAGUUAAAAUUAAAGGUCUAUAACAGAAUUUUAAAAUUAUGUUCAUAUAAAUUUUUCGAUCGAAAAAAUGCAUAUGAUUUACUAAAUGAUAUGUACCAGCAAAAGGUAAAUAAAAAUAUUCCCUAUUUUUGUCUUAUUAACCGAAUACAAGAUUACAUUGAUAUCAUAAAGAGUGAACUUUAUAAUAUGAAGUUAACGCGUAGUGCCAAGGGUACAAAGGACCUGCUUGGCUAUAGUGGGGGAUUCGUCUCUGCUACUGCCUCUACCAAGACUACUCACUCAACCAUCAAUAAUAAUGACAAUACCAUCAUCAAGGCAAGCAGUGUCAAUAGUGCCGCUAUUGGCAAUUAUGCUGCUACUGACAAGUGUGUGAAUAGUAACUACAGCAGCAGCAGCAGCACAAAAUUAACGUACAAUUUGGCAGACGUUGAACAUUUAAACGAAUUAAUUAACUGUACAUACAGCCUUAAAAAUUGGGGGGGACAGAGCUUUUUUGAAAAAAGCAUUUCAAAAAAAGUUGAAGAAAUGAAUUCCUAUCGUAUUAAUCCUAUCAAAGACUACAAUGAUAUAAUAAAAAAUAAUAUAAGAGAUAAUUCAUAUUUUAAUAUUGAUUUUUAUCACUUCUUUGAUAGUACAUAUAAUAAGGAAAGUUCGUAUUGUAAAAGCAAAAAUAUGGGGGAAUAUAUUAAUUUGAUAAAAAAUAAUAUUCUAGAUAACUCUCUUUAUUUUGUAUAUUUUUAUUUUUUAAUUUAUAUGUCCAAUCACCCAAAAAUGUUUUAUCAUAUAAAAAAAUAUUUGCAUUUCCAUGCAUAUUCAAGAAAAUUAUUAAAAAAUAAAACAUAUUAUUUUAACAUGGACUUGUUAAAUAUUAUUUUUAAUUUCGAUAAUCAAGCACUGAAUGAGUUAAAAAAUGUUCUGACCUUAUUUCCAACUAGCCCUUCCAUUGAAGAAGUCUUUACAUCAGUCAGCUUGCUGUCUAUGCCCUUUUGUAAUUCGUAA